GGGAAGUGCAUGCUUGGGAGAUGUCUCCAGAUGUCUCUAGUGUUGAGGGGGGAAGUAUGGGAGGGUCGAGAGCCUAGGACCCUUCUGCAUUGCUGGUUUCAGCCUUUGUAGUCUUGCUUAGGAGAUGGAGAGCAAGACCAGCACUUGUUUUACUCCCAUGGGCGCAGGUAGGAAAUGGAACUCACUCCCAGAGCCUUCGAUGUAAGCCCUGAGGACUAGCAGCAGGUCCUUUGCUAGAUGGUCUUGGGUGGUGACUGGACAUUUUGGCUUUUUAAGUGCUGGGUGUGAACCAAGCACUGGUGCAAGUCAAGUGAACCGACAGCUCUUCAGUCCUCCCCAGACCAGCCAACUGCUGAGCCCUCCUAAUGCGCCCAAUGUCUCUGCUGGAAGCCCCUUACCUGCAUGGACCAGACUCCUACCAGUCAACAAGGACCUUAUGAAGUGCCUGCUGCACAAGGUCUUUGGGCAGGUCCCACCAGCAACCAGGGGUUUGCAAGGAACCUGUGCAGAGCAUCCACUGGAGAUAUGCCAGACAAGGGUUGUUGUCUUUGCCCCAGCUCACUGUUCCCUCCCCAGUACCAUCCUGUCCCAACACCUUUACCAUUCCUUCCCUGCACACAGUCCCAGCAUCCUGAAUCCAUCAGCACCUUGAGCUGUUCUGGCUCCCAGUGCUCCUGCUGAUGGUGAGCUAGGACCAGCUCUGGGGAUGUGAAGGGCUGUGACACUGGGAACAGGCACAACUCGUGUUUCCCAAGCCUCUCCCAACAUCACCUGCUUCCCAGGCACAACACUAGCUGCUGCCUGGCUGCAGCACUUGCGUUCUCAAAUGCCUUCCUCAAGCAGAGCUGGCUGCAAUUACCAGGUGGGUUUGGUGAGACCUAAAAGCAUCACUGGCUGUACCUCAGUGCCUGCCUCAAUCUGCAGCCUAUUUGACGCUGCAAGGGACAUGGCAGCUGCAUGGGAACACAUAGCACACUUAAGCAAGACAAGAACUGAAGGAAAAACAUUGUCUAUUCUAGCCUGAAACCACAAGAAAAACAGAGAUAGUAAAAAGGAAUGAGCAAUUUGAUCAGGAAACACGAGUUAGCCAUGCAGCUUCAUAGAAAAUACCAAGGGCCUGUCGGUGACCACACAAGGUCAGGAUCUGGGGUUUGUCUGAAAGGCAAAGUUCUAGUGAGAUUUUUUUUAAAGAAAUUUAUAUAUAAUGAUGUGUGAUACCAAAAAUAAACCCUCAGAGGAUCACAGUGUUUGAUACGUGAUGAUUUCUGACACUGUUUUCCAAAUAAUAAUGGAAAGACUCAUUUGGCUGAGGUUUCCAUCCAGGCUUUGUUUUACAAAAGUCUUAUUCUUUGGGUUAUCUGAAUCUUUAACUUAGGGGGACGAUUAUGAAUUGCUCUUGUCUGGACUACAGCAAAAAAAACCCACACAGAAUGACUGCCCAGGGUUUGAUACAUCUAUCAAGAAAAAGUGUUGUCCUUUCACAACAUCUGACAUAAAGCUGGGCUGCACUAACGAGAAACCCUCAGUCUGAAUGAUGAGAUCUCACUACACUUUUGGCUAAGUGAGGCUGUGAUAAUCUCUUUGCUCCCUGUCUAAUCUCUCCACUUCUUCCCCUCGGCAAUGACAGACUUUGAGACCAGAAUCAGCACUGACUUCCAUUUAUCAAUGCUUCCUCCUAAUGAAACCUACUUAAAAGUGCCUGGAAAAUGGUGAAGGACUGAGUGUCCCCACCAUCCCUCAUCACUCCCCAUCUGAAACACUCUUCCUUCUCGGGAGAGGGCAACGCCUGGUUGUUGCUCACUCUCUCGCUGGCCUCACUGUGGUGGCUGGAAGCUUGGAGGGGUCAGUUGGUCUCAGAUGAAGCCAAAGUUUUCUCAUGUAGUUGCCUGGCCAUCAGAAACUGGACGGCAGCCCUGAAUUCUUUUCUCACAAGUCACUUGGACAGGAACCAGAUGGUAAAUACUUUCAGUCUCUCCUAGCCUGGAUCUGGGGUGGAAGCGGUGACUUCAAGGUAAAAGAUUGCCCGGCCCAUCCUUCACCCCUCAGGGUGGCCAAUCCUCCCAGCCCAGCUCCACUCUCCAGUUAAGGUGCGAGAACCAGAGGGAAUAAAAAGGCCAGACAGGAAUGGAAACGGCCAUCACUACCUCUCUCAGCUCUUGCUGUUUGAAAUUGGAGCUGGAUUCCUUCUGGGAAGGAAACAACUUUCCCAUCCUGCCAAAAACAAAGGUAUUUCAAAGUUUCUCAAAGCUGUGGUGUUUCCAGAAGUCUCAUGAAAAACAGUCAGAGUCACCAACAGCUGAGGAAGACCUGAGAUGUCUCCUUUUCAUUUAAAGACUCUUGGCUCUUCCAAGCUGGGUAUCUGUCCUGCUCUCCCACCAGUGCUGUCCACCCUCCAUGCACAGACCUGUUCCCCUGCAGCAUGGAUUUGAGCCAGGAGUGCCCAAAAGCAAAGGGAACGCCCUCCUCCUCAAGGUAUGGAGAACAUCUUUCCCUAGACCCAUGAUUUCACUGUUGAUAUGAAGAGGGACAGAGCCAGCAAGGACCCUGGCUCAGACGGCCUAGGUUCUCCCCAGCAGAGAUGAACAUCCAGACCCUGGUCUGACUUCAGCCAGCUCUAGGGAGCAUAUUCAAUAAACAGCAUGGAGUAAGGAAGGGAAGAGUCUCCAGCAAAGGAAAGGGAUGGAGGGAGAAUAUGGUCUAUAUCCAUCACAGAUGGAUGCAAUUUUAGCUAAGCAGGGUGCACAAAUGAGAGCUUUGCAGUGUUAUUCAUGAUGGCACGUUAAACGGCACAGACAUGAAAAAAAAAAAAACCAGCUGUCUAAAAUGUAAAUUCACUGGGUCAGUUCUUUCAUUUCUAUAGAAACAGCAGAGCUUGCCAGCGGCUAACUCAAAGGAGAUGGAUUCAGAUCCCUGUAUCAACUAUUUUCUUGCACAACUGACCACAAAAGAAAAAAAAAAAAAAAGAAAUUACAACCCCCAAAAAUUCUGACAAUAAUACCAUGGAAACUGUGGAGCACAACAUAUGGACUUAAUUACUAGAUAUGAAAUCACACGUAUGGUACAGAACACAUAUGGGGUACUUGCUGCAGAGGGGAAAGGUUAUAACCGAGUAUUUAUAAAAUGAACUGCUAAUGUGCUGCUCUCGUGCGGCUUUGCAAAUCAAAACCUGUGCAAGGGCUGUAUGGCUUUACCAGGCUCUGCCUGCAGUCCCUGGCCCCCUCGGCACGGCAACCUGGGUGGGCACACGGGACCCUGAGAGCCAGGAGAAGGGAAGCUCAAGCCCAUCUCACCCAUGGGAAGGCAGAGUCAUGGGACACUUUGUGGGGAUCCCUUCAUCUGGCUCCUCUGGGCGCCCCCAAAAUGCAGUGAGAUACUGCCAGGGAUUUGUGAUGCCAUCUGAGGGAUGGGCAGUUGGCUGGGUGUGAAACAGUGGGUUUGGCCCCUGUCUGGCUGCUUGACUCGGUGCGGUGGCUCUCUGUUGCUGCUUGGGCUCUACUGUGAUGUCAGGCCAUCACAGUGAUGUCACCUUACUGCAGCGAAAGCUCAAUGGCAUCAGCUAGGGGGAAGCAAAGUCCCCUCUUGUCCCAAGCUGAGGAAGAGGGUAAAGAAGGGGCUCCCACCCCAAAGAGGCAAACCUGAGCCUUAGCCCGCCGGGGGGUGCCUCACUGCCCCCCAAGGCUUCACACGGCAUUGUUGGCUGCUCACUGAGGGUGACGAGAGGUUUUUAUUUCCCCUACCAGUAUUGUCAUCUGGGUUCUAACUGGGAAAUGAAGUCAUGCCCAUUAAUCAGAAGUCCUAACAAACACAAGCCUGGAAUAAUUAAUUGAACUCCCCACCCCCCUGCGGCAAGGCUGGAUCGGUGCUUUGGCUGCUCUAGAGCUGUGGCUGAUAGAGGCACUGCAGCCACCUCUGGGAUGUCUGGCUGGGCUGCAGCCUCUGAAACAUGUGGCCAGUGGGAGGGCAUCAGCUCUGAGGAGUGAAGGGGAAAAAGGCAGCACAACAUGUGCCUCCUGGCACAAACCUUCUGGCUUGUGAGAACCCAUCAGUAGUGCCUGAACCACUCUGCUAGCAAGAAUGGAGCAAUGCAUGGUCCUCGUACCUCCCUUGUGAUGGGCACAGUUGUGUCUGGGCAGGGCUUGGGCCAUGCAGAAAUCUGGGGCUUCAACUUGAGGAGCGGAAAGUCUAGUGCCAGGGUAAGUGACAACAGCCUUUGGAAGGUAGUGUGUUAUUUCCACAAGUUGCCAUGACCUCAUUAACAGACUGAUUGCAGCUAACAAAGCAAAACCAAAGCAGCGAAUUGGGGUGGGAGAGCUGACUGCAUGUUCCUCCCUGCCAGGCUCUGCCCUCCUUGCUCCAGGCCCUGGCUUCCAGGCUAUGGCAAGCAGUGGAGCUGAGGUCAGGAUUGCUGCUUAGGUGACUGAGGACCUGUUUCACAAAGCAGAAGUAAGAGGAAUGGGAAAAGACUGGAGGGAGGGAUGGAGAAUCACUCCUAGUUGCAUAAUUUCAGUGUUCUGCUUAUACAGCAUCCAGCUCCUCCUGUGUGUUUGCCAGCACAUAUCAUGACAUAAGAUAUACAGCCUCUCAAUCUCUGGGCUCACAAAGUCCCCUUCUUACCCCUUUUAAUAAGACCUAAGGGACAGGAACAUGGAGAAGGGGCUUGGUCUCCUGAAGGUGUUGAGAUGUGUAGUUUUUUUCUUUCUAAAAAGACCCAUGCUUUACCGCAUAGACACAGCAGCUGCAAGGAAAGCUUGCAAAGGGUAGGCUGAAAAGCAGUAAAACAUUGGGAGGCAAAACCUGAGCACCCACUCCUUUUCCCCAAAAAUGGAUUUUAAAUUCUCAUCAUGGCUUAAACCAAUCAUAUUUUUUCAGGAGCUGAGCUGGGGUUUACAAGGCUUGAAAUCAGCAGUGCUCUGGCAAGGACCAUGCUGCAGCCCUCUCUGCAUCACGUACCAGGGCAAUGUAACACAAUGUGAAUCCAAUGCCCCUCCGCCACAGCACUAGCAGCCUCCCUGGGCAGCCACAGCCCCACGCAGGAUGGGGGAUUCUGUGGCACCUCACCACCACAGCAAAUGCCUUUCCCGCUCUUGCUGCACCAGAGAAACUGAGAGGGAAGCACACCUCUACUGCCUGGAGAGCUUGCCUGGCAAACUGCUGCAACCCCAGUGCUGGGAAUCAAAACCAAGCCACACACUGUCCUCAGUGAUGAAGAGAGACAAUCCUGCCCUUGACUUCAGGACUCUGUACAGCGUGGACAACUCACCCCUGUCCCCCAACCUGCCAGGCACUGUGCUUAGCAUAAAACAUAGGAAUCAGUCCCCAGCAACAGCACAGUUGUGGCAAUGUUCCCGCGUGUAUGGUGGCAGGGAUAGCCCUGCCGAAUGCUUUAAAACCCACGAAGAAGACACCAGCUCUGUCCAGGCAGACCUUAAUCAGUAACAACAAGCAUUGACCUUCCUUCUGGGAUGCAACUAGCAGCAAGGAGCCAGUCGCUCCACCAACCUGGCUCCCCAGCCCCUCUCUCCUCCUCUCUGGGGAGAGCAUCCCUUCCCUUUACUUGCUGUCUCAGCAGACAGCACAGUCUCACCUUGAAGGGAGUGGAAAUGGGAGCUGGAAUGUGGGCUGGAAAAAAAAAGAGAAAGGAAAAAAAAAGAAAAUCUUGAGGCUUGUCCAAACCUGCUCAUGUUUAUAUUGGAGCCUGUGAGUGACAUCAGAGAGGGAGAGUAUAAACACCAGCAGGACCUACUCAGGGCUUUAAAACCUGCGAACACGCCACUGCCUCCAAACAGCCCAGGGGGUGAUGUGCUGAAGUGGCAGAGGGGAGAGCAGCAUGAGGCUCCAGCUGGAGAAGCAACUCCUCUUCCUCUCCCUCCUCUGCAUCCUCUCUAAGGUGUGUGCGCAGCUGUGCCGGAGACCAUGCUACUGCCCCUGGGUGCCACCUCAUUGCCCCCGUGGGUCCCCCCUGGUCCUAGAUGGCUGCGGCUGCUGUAAGAUCUGUGCCCGGCGCCUGGGAGAGCCCUGUGACUUCCUCCACAUCUGUGACCAGAGCCAGGGCCUCGUCUGUGACUACAGUGCAGCACCCACAGGGACAGGAGCCACCUGCAACUUUGAAGACACCAAGGAGGAGGGCUGCAAAGUGAAUGGCCAGGUCUAUAAAGAUGGGGAGGUUUUCCAGCCGAGCUGCAAGCUCCAGUGUCGUUGCCUAGACGGGGGCUUCACCUGUGUCCCACUCUGCCAGGAGGAUGUCCGGCUGCCCACCCCGGACUGCCCGUACCCACGGCGGGUGGAGGUCCCAGGGAAGUGCUGCCCUGAGUGGAUCUGUGAGGCCAGGGACCAGAACCUCCUUCGGGCUGCUGGGACAGUCCCUGGGGCAGCGUCCCCACCGCUGCCAUACCCCUGCCAGGAGUGGAGCACGGAGUGGAGCGCCUGCUCAGUCACCUGUGGUACUGGCUUUUCUACUCGCAUCUCCAACCAGAACCGCUCCUGCAGGCUGGAGACCCAGAGGCGGCUCUGCAUGGCCAGACCCUGCCCAGCUCUUUCGGCAGCUUCCCCAGUGAGGGGAAGAGGAGGUCGUUGGUAGCUGUGCCUACCCCAGUUUCAUCCCGGAGCAAACACCUCAUCCUGGCAAAGAGUCUGGCACAAGCUCAUGGCACUGUGGUUUUGGUGGAGACAGAGGACACAUCCCUUCAGAACUG